UCAGCCUCGCUACGUGUCAUGGCGGCCGCCGGCUCCCCUGUACGUGUCAUGGCGGCCUCCAGUGCUUCUGUACGUGUCAUGGCGGCCGCCCGUGCUUCUCUGUACGUAUCAUGGCGGCCCCCUGUGCCCCGUACGUGUUAUGGCGGCCGCCGGAAGCGGAAGUUGUCCGUACCUGGACGCGCUCCCCCCUCUCCGUGGGCGGGCGGCGGAACUCGAGGCGGGAUGCUGGCGUGGGGCCGCCGGCUGCUGCAGCCCCUCUUCCGCGGCCGCCUGCUGCUGCUGACCAACACGGCGAGCUGCGGCACGCUGCUGGCCGCCGGCGACACGCUGCAGCAGGCAUGGCAGCUGCGCCGCGACCCCGAGGGCCAGCGCCAGGCGGCACGCACAGGGCGCAUGUUCGCCGUGGGCUGCAGCAUGGGGCCGCUGAUGCACUUCUGGUACCUCUGGCUGGACGCCACCUUCCCGGCACGGGGCGUGCGGGGGCUGAGGACGGUGCUGAAGAAAGUCCUCAUCGACCAGCUGGUGGCAUCGCCCGCGCUGGGUGCCUGGUACUUCCUAGGCAUGGGCACGCUGGAGGGCCAGAGCCUGGAGGCGAGCUGGGAGGAGCUCAAGGAGAAGUUCUGGGAGUUCUACAAGGCUGACUGGUGCGUGUGGCCGGCGGCGCAGCUCCUCAAUUUCCUCUACGUCCCCCCCAAAUACCGGGUGGUUUAUGUCAACGUGGUGACGCUGGGCUGGGACACCUACCUCUCCUACCUCAAGCACAGGCCCAAACCAGCGCUGAGCACGGAGCAGGAGGCGCAGCGCGGGAGGCAGCGCGGCGCUGGGAUGUAGCAGCGUGGAGAAGCUGCUCCUGAAGACGGCGAUGUCUUCAGAAGCUCUUGCCCAUGCUGCUGGGGUCUCUGGGCAGCCAGCACCGCCGCGAGGUCGGGCAGGAUCCGGCCCCGUGGCGGGCACGGCUGCAGCUCAGCGCAGGGCCUGGGAGCCAUCGCUGGUGACAGCCACAGCCAGGGGCUGCUGCAGCCUGCGCAGAUCUCGCUGAUUAGCUCAUUUACUGAUUGCAAUUAGGGGGCCGUACUUAACAAACGGGGUAGGGGAGCAGCGCUCAGCACCGGGGGGACAGUCCCAGCGUCUCCGGCCCCUUGUCCCCUCCUGCGCUCCCCUCACCAGGAGCCCUGGCGGAGCCCCCCCAAGCUGUGAUUAUGAAAUUUGUUCUGGUUUCGGGCGUAUUUGACAGGGGCAGAGCCAAAACUGAGGAGUUGGGGGGCAGUUCCCACUGCCGGUGGCACCUGCAACCAAAUCAUCCUGGGUGCCGCAGCACAAAGUCCUGUCCUUGCCCCUCGCAGCUCCCCAGGCACAAUCGUCCCCCCCCCCCCCACCAGGGACCCCAUUUAUUUUCAGCCUCCAGUGCCUAAAAAUCUCAUUUUCUAACACCUGAAAGGUGCCUUCCGUACAGCUCCAGCCUCAUCCCUCCCCCUGCAGGGCACCGGAGGGGGAAAUUAGCAGAAUGCUAAUUGUAAAACCAGGUAAUUUUCCUCCUCAGCUUGAAAUUGCCCCCAGCACGGUGCCCCCCCACGCCUAAUCCUCCCCCCCCCCCCCCCAAACGACCCGGAGCGCCUGGUGAUCAGCAUCGCUUUAUUUCUUCACACCAUUUCUUUUAAUACAGUGAUUUUUAGGAAAUUGUA